AGGAUGAAUAGAUAUUGUAUCCGGGACGGAUAAAGAUAUAUCUAUAGGAUGAGAAGAACUGAGUUGGAGGAGCGAGGUUGGAUGAAGAAGGGAGAAUUGUAUCCACCUCCUUUCCUCGGUCCUUCAACACACCUGGAGAAGGCAACCCUUGAACCUCUCUACAAUGAAACUGCGAUGGAUAUUCAUUUUCAGGAACAGAGGAAACGAAGUUUUGCGGAGAAAAUCAGCCGAACCCUGGAUAAGAUUGCAGCUGUCACAGUCAGGGAUCCGGAGCCAAGAAGAGAGAUUCUUCCGGCUCCGAUAUAUCCUGUGUAUCCGGGAUAUAAUCCCGGAUAUAGAACUGUACGGGGCCCACAUGGUGUAAAUUAUCAGUAUGUAUAUGGUGGUUGGGACCCGGGGGUUUAUGGGUUUCCAGUUGAAUAUAUCUCAACACCUUCUCCUCCUCAUCCUGUUAACUCCAGGUUCUACUGCAGGUGUCUGGAGUCUGGCAAAGAUUCUGUUAGGAGUAGACCUGGCUCCAGGUGCAGAAAAUGUAACCUGGAACGUUUUUCCGGGUUUUCCUCUCAAGCUCUACGAAAUACAAACAGACCAAAGCUGCCGAUGUCUCUGAGUCCUUCUCCGGAGUCUCGUCCUACCUACGAGUUCAGGAACAGGCGCCCUUCUCCAGGUCCUAGGGAUCCAUAUGAUUACAUCCGACGGACUCGACUAAAGGCUGAUGAAUGGGAUACAUACUGGGAUCAAACCCAGAUGGAAAACAAACCUAGAAAACAAACCAAAAAUAAUUCAAAUCUGAGUCACGGUCAUUCGACCCCCACUAAUGAAUUAAAGAAUGGAAGAACGGAGAGAACUAGUAAUCAGGACACGGUUAAACAUUCUCUCUCCGCUCUCUCUUGUGAGGAUGAGGACCCAGAACCGGAAUCUAAACCCAUUUCCAAUCCUGCCCGGAGUGUUGAAAUUCCAAAUUCGAACCAAGGAGAUAAAAAUCUACAAAGUGAGGAGGCGGGUUCAACUGAUCCAGAAUCUCUCCCACCGGAAAACACUACCGGAGAAGAGGUAGAGGAUGAACCCGAUGUGUUCGCGGAUCUAGUUUCCAUGAAAUCCCGACUAACCGCUGCAGAGAUUCGGUAUAGGAAAUAUCAACGACGUAAACCUCUACGAAAGGUUGCUCUUCAGCUUGAGGAUGUUAUAAUAGAGGAGAGCGAAGACGAUCUUGCAGCAGACUCCAACGAGGAGAUCUACUGCUCUCUCCCAACCCUGGAGGAGGAUUGUGAACGAUCACGGAGCUCAAGUGAUGACGAGUUAGGACUCGGAAAGUUUAAAGUAGUUUCGACCAAUUUCGCGGACGAAAUCUUGUCCGAAAUCUACGGAAAUAUAGGAUCUCCCGGAUCUUGGCGGGAUGCAUCCUUGUCUCCGAGAUCUAUGGCAGACGAGAUACUCCAGGAACUAUAUGGAACUACCGGAGAUCAAACAUACGAUGAGGAUGAGGAGGAGAAUGAUGAUGGAGAGAAUGGGAUGGAAGUUUUCAAUCCAAACCUUGUUAGAUUGUCUACAGAACCUUCCUGUUUACAAGAAUCCCGGGGUUUGCAGCGCAGUAUAUCAUUACAGGAGAGAGGUAGAGACGGGUUGGGUCACCUAUUCCAAGAUACCACAAGGUUUAAGUUGGGUCGGAGAAGAUCAUCUCUUAUUCAUCUUGUUCCCUCCCUGGCCCCCCUCCCCGGCACCCCAACCCUUCAUCGUCCCCGGAUACCCCCACCUCCCCCUCCGGUCAUAGAACCAAACCUAUCUCCGUUCUCUCCCUUAGAGCUAGACAGGAUUAACACCAUGAUCAAGAGAACGGAGCAGGACGAGUUUAAGCCGACUGAUACGGAGCAGGACGAUUUUUCAGAGUUUAGUGAAGACGAGUUUGAUCCUGUAGGUCUAGACUACGAGAAUAUUCCUCUAGAGCGACCAGCCCCUGACGGAGCUGAAGCAGGACCGGAGUAUGAUAUCCCAGAGCUGAAUGAGUCUGCGGAGGAUAUAAAGUUUGAACUCAACCUCUCCAUUGAUUCAUGCGAGAGUAGGCUUUUGGACAUUUCGGAGGAUUCUUUAAACAUUCCUAAACUUAGUGAUACAUCCUUUGACCGGGAUAGUAUAGUAGAGGAGUCUAGUCAGGUUAUCUCAGGGUCUGUGAUACAUAAGGAGGGAGAGAAAACCAUUAUUAGGAGUCCAGGAAUGGUUGAAUCGAACACUGGUUUAGAGAACCGGGUUUAUAUCAGUUCCUCCUCCUGGAUAAAUAUAGAGUCGGGUUCUCAGGGUUCUAAUUUUGUCUCCAGUACGGAGAUGGGAGGAGAUGUUGGAGAAGAAUGCACGCUUGAACCUGUCAAACCUCCAAGGUUGAAGAAAAUCGCGAGACAACAGUCUAAACAAGAACUACUCAGAGCCAAAGGUUUCGGAUUGAACUUGAACAAAUCCGAAGAUGAGACUGCAGCUGAAAAACCUGACAUGAGUAGGUCCAGGGUUCGACCUGAGAUAAGUUCUCCAGUCCUCAUAAACUCUACCAUGAACCCUGAUGAUCUGGAGAACCACAAAUGUAUCCCACUCUCAAUCCUUGGAGACAUAUCUCAUAUUACCGAGUCAGUUUACAGAUCAAGUUUCUCCGAGUCAGAGGGGAGUUUCUACACCCUGGAGUCAAUUCUUGACGAGACCUACAGAUCCACAGGUUCAGAUAUAUACAAUGAGCAUAUAUACGAGGAGAUUCAGGAUAAUAAGUUAAGAAUUCGUCCUCUCCCACCCAUUCCGGAGGGUUCAGCUGGAUCCGGAUCCAUAUUUACCGGAGCAACAAAAUCAGAAAUCCUUCAUUUUCUCAAUGACGCCAAACUCCGGUUGGGCGGAGGAAAUGGCUCCGGCGAGGUUGAUUCCUCCGCCGAAGAACACUACACGGCGGACGGAGUGUUUCUCGGAGUAAGGAAUAACAAGCAUAGAAUCAGCGCCAUUAGUAACAUCAGUGACUCCAGUAACAGUAGCAAUGAUAGCAGUGGAGACGGGAGUGUGCAGUGGCGUGGGCCACUGGAGAAAAUUGCUGGAAGAGUAGAUAUUGAGAGAAAUGAUUCCGGGGUUGGAUCCGACUCCGGGAUUAGUAACUCCAAGAUCUCCACCUCGGAGAUAGGUUCCGUGUGCUGCAGGGACUGUGAGUUCGUCCUGGUUGAUGAGGAGAACCUCUGCUCCAAGUGCAGUAAACGAAGGACGGAGAGAAAAGAGAUCAUAAACGAGAUUGUCGAGACGGAGAUAAAAUAUGGAAACGAUCUUAGAAUUAUUGUUGACGAGUUUUAUCGUCCAAUGCUAGUUGCUGGAUUACUAACUGCUGAUCAGCUGAGUAAUAUAUUCCUGAACGUAAACCAACUAAUCUCCGUCAACUCCUCCUUCUCCGCCCUGCUCAAGGAGGCCGUGGACCUCGCUCAGGUGGCGGAGGACGAGGAUCUCUGCUCAGUAGAUAUUGGUUCGAUCUUCCUCGACUCUCUGAGCAUGCUCCGGGCUUUCGAAGCAUAUUGUACACGACAGGCUGCUUCGUCCAUGCUGCUUUCUAGCCUGGAACGUGAAAAGGAGCUUCUGCGUGUGUUCCUCAAGGUUUCCCAGAUGGAGAACAAGAUACUCAGAAGGAUGAACCUCAGCUCCUUUCUCAUGGUUCCUGUUCAGAGGGUCACUAAAUAUCCGCUCCUGCUCUCCAGGCUGCUCAAGGUUACGCCGAGCACACACCUGGACAGGGAGAAGAUCAGGCAGGCUCAGACCAGGAUAGAGUCCGCCCUGGAGCAGAUGAACAAGGACGCGAAGGAGAUUAUCUCUAUGAAGGGAACCUGGCGCCGACCUGCUGGGAAGAAGGUUCCUAUGCAGAGAGAGAUGAAUAAUAUCCGGGUUAGGAAACUAUCCCUAGAGAUGCUGGGUUGGGGAAGAGAAGAGAGCAGGUUUGCUCUGGAGGGAAAACUCACGUUUGCUCAUGUUACCGACACCAACUGGAGAAACAAGUGGAAGGGAACAGUGAACACUGGGCUCAAGCUGGUCACAUGUAACGCGUUCCUUGUAGUAACAGGUCGGAUACAGGGGGAACUACAAGAUAUGAGUACCCCAACCCAGAUUAUUUUCCCCAGGGAACAUGUUAGAGAGGCAGUUCUCCUUCUUCUUAGAGAGAAAACUUCAAGAUUUUCAACUGUUAGGGAUCCGAUAUAUCUUGGUAAGACUGUGAUUAGUAAUGAUGCUGAGUCUGAAUGGUUUGAGGUUCAAGAGUUUGGAUCUAAAGACUCUUAUCUUUUCAAGGCGGAGGAUGCGGAGAGAACCCAAACCUGGUUCCAAACCGUCCAGCUUUAUAGUCAGAGUCUAGGAGGGUGGAGGAGAAGAAGAAGAGGUUUAGCAAACAUCAUGGUUGAUCCGGGUACCCACUAGAACAAUAGGAGAGGUUUAGCAAACAUCAUGGUUUAUCCGGGUACCCACUAGAACAAUAGGAGAGGUUUAGCAAACAUCAUGGUGGAUCCGGGUACCCACUAGAACAAUAGGAGAGGUUUAGCAAACAUAAUGGUUGAUCCGGGUACCCACUAGACCACCAGGGGAGGUUUAGCAAACAUCAUGGUGGAUCCGGGUACCCACUAGAAGAAUAGGAGAGGAUAAGCAAACAUCAUGGUUGAUCCGGGUACCCACUAGACCACCAGGAGAGGUUUAGCAAACAUCAUGGUGGAUCCGGGUACCCACUAGAACACUAAGAGAGGUUUAGCAAACAUCAUGGUGGAUCCGGGUACCCACUAGAACACUAGGAGAGGUUUAGCAAACAUCAUGGUGGAUUCGGACUACUAGACCAUCAGGAGAGGUUUAGAAAACAUCAUGGUGGAUCCGGGUACCCACUAGAACACUAGGAGAGGUUUAGCAAACAUCAUGGUUGAUCCGGGUACCCAUAGACCACUAGGAGAGGUUUAGCAAACAUCAUGGUGGAUCCGGGUACCCACUAGACCACUAGGAGAGGUUUAGCAAACAUCAUGGUGGAUCCGGACUACUAGACCACCAGGAGAGGUUUAGAAAACAUCAUGGUGGAUCCGGGUACCCACUAGAACAAUAGGAGAGGUUUAGCAAUCGUCAUGUGGGGAUCCGGGUAACCUCUAGACCACUAGGAGAGGAGAAAAUGUUUAAUAAACAUCAUGGUUGAUCCGGGUACCCAAUAAACCAUAUGAAGAUGGAAUGAUGAGCAAACAUUAUGGGCUAUCCGGCACCAACUAGUCAACUAGUAUGCUGGAGAACGAUAACAGCAAAAGGCACUUGACUUUUCUGGGUCUUACAAUGUCAACAGAUUCAAGGCUAGAUUGACUGUAUCAACCCCGAGGAAAAGCUGUUCAUGAUUAGGCCUAGUGGAGUCUAUAUCUAUUAUUUCUAAACCGUUCUAUCCGGUUGGAGCUUAUUCACUCUGGUUCAGGGUUCACCUUAAAGAUGUUUACUCCGUCUUCAGUCGGCAGUUUAUAAGAUGUUUCAGUUAAAUUCAACCGAAUUUUAGAAAAUUCCGAACAAAAUGAUGAUUUCACGUGAAACCAUGUUUUUAUUUCUGAAUAUCUACUUGGUUGAAACUAGAAUAAAGUUCAUUCUUUAUGAGUACGUGUCCGAAAUAACAUAUUUCACAUUAGAGUCGGGUGUGCUAGUCCAGGGAAAAUUUAACAAUGAGUUUGCGGUUUAGAGAAAUUUUUGGACCUAGCUAAUUAAUUACAGACCUGGUCUAAAUACAAACUUUAAACUAUUAAAAUGUGGAGAAACUACACAUUUAUUUAAUUGCAAUCACCACGGGACGCUACAGAAUGAAAUCGAACCUGGACGUCUCAUGGUUUCGUUACAAUACUCAAAUAUUUAAACCUUUGUAAAUAUUAUGUUUAUAAAUGAUUGUUAAAAAGUCACAAUUAAAUAUCAUUUUAUAUUGAACGCAUAUAAAUAUAUCGAAGAAAAUUAA